ACGUAGCAACAAACAAACCAACCAACCAACCAAGUAACCAACCAUUCAACUGCAUAAUUUCAUUCAUACACAACAACAUGGGUGCCCUGGAUCACAUCUCUGAACUCUUUGACUGUUCUUCCUUUGGAAAUUCCAAAUACAAGAAGCGCAAGCAAUUCCAGACGGUGGAGGUGAAAGUGAAGAUGGACUGCGAAGGAUGCGAGAGGAAAGUGAAGAAAUCGGUGGAGGGGAUGAAGGGUGUCACCCAAGUGGAGGUGGAACGAAAAGCAAGCAAGGUUACAGUUACAGGCUAUGUGGAACCUUCUAAGGUGGUGGCGCGUAUUGCUCACCGCACAGGUAAGAGGGCGGAGCUGUGGCCAUAUGUGCCGUACGAUGUGGUGGCGCAUCCCUAUGCUCCCGGUGUUUAUGACAAGAAAGCGCCAUCUGGUUAUGUUAGGAAUUCGGAGUAUGAUCCCAACGUGUCCCACCUCGCUCGUGCUAGCUCCACCGAAGUUAGAUAUACAACCGCUUUCAGCGACGAAAACCCCACCGCUUGUGCUGUUAUGUAAUUUCGCUGUUUCAUUGCUUUUUUUUUUUUUCUUGUAUCACAUCGCAAAGGGUGGAGAAAAGAAGAUGAAAAUAGUGAAAGUAUAAUAGGAUUAGGUGAUAAACAUGUUAUGUUUGGGUUUUUAUUUUUUGCUAGGGAAAUAUAUUAUCUUUGAUUGCAAA